UGGGUGCUGAUGCAUAUGGUCACGCAUCCGGCGCACCGGGGGAAGGGCGCGGCGGGGAUCUUGGUUAAAUGGGGUAUCGAGCAGGCGGAGAGGGAUGGUGUGCCCGCCUACCUUGAGGCUGGUGUUAUGGGACGACCAAUUUAUGAACGGUACGGUUUCAUUCAGGUAGGCGAACUGCUAGAGGUGGAUCUGAAGGAAGGCGGA